CACCAAAACGACCAUUUCGAGGUAGCUAUCAAUUUUCAUUGAAUCUUAGCAAGACCUUCGACAUGUUUGGUUGGAUCAAUGAUUGUACAGAGUGCUUGGUCUUGACCAAGUUUGGUGAAGAAACCUGGCAGCAGAUCAAAGAAAAGGCUGGCUGCGAAGUCGAGGACGGUGGAUUCUUGCGAUACAAGUAUUAUCCCGACAGUGAUACUGUGCAGUUAGUAGUCGCCGCCUCAGAAGUGUUGGGGAUAGAAGUUGACGAUGUUCUCUUUGCCUUCGGUGACUAUUUCAUCGAUUAUGUCCAAGAGAAUGGAUAUUCCAACGUUCUGAAGUGUCUAGGCUCUAAUUUACGCGAUUGGCUGUCCAAUUUGAACUCGCUGCAUGAUCAUUUACAGGCAUCUUACCCGAAGGGUUUUGUGGCUCCUGUCUUCUGGAGUGAAGAUGACGAAGCAUCGAGCAAAUGCGCCAUCCUUGUACACUAUUACUCGCAUCGUGGCUCCCUCCUUGUUCCUCUCGUGGUAGGAAUAAUCAAGAAAGUUGCUCGAGUUUAUUUUGAUAUCGAGAUUGAAAUGGAUCAAUUGCAAUUACAGGACGAAAACGAAGCCAAACAUACUUCUUGGCGCAUCACAACGGUAGAUCCCCUCAAAACUGCAAUAUUGCGUGGGGAAAAAAUACGCACUAGCGCCGAAAAACGUAGAGGACACGAAACAUUUGAUGGGGAAGAAACAAUCAGUACAUCCACAAGUACAGCUUCUCAAAAUCGAUACUUGAAUGCAUUCAGAACAGGAGGUAAUGUAGCUUCUGAUCUAAGAGCAGAGGAAUUCGUUAAACGCCACUUCUACAACGCUAGCUGUGAGCUUUACCAUGCAUUGACGUUGGAACAGUACAUAUAUUUAUCGAAGUACUGGAAAGUCAAUGAAAACGAAGAGGAAAAAUUUUGUUACGAAGUUUGGUCCCUACAAGACGACGAUCCGAGCACUUGGGCAUCGCUCGAGGAUUUACCAUCCAAGUUGCUCCCCGAAAUGAUCACCAAGAACAAAUAUUUUGGAGGUAUGGUUCCAAAAACAGGAAAAUAUCCUCCGGGCGAAGAUGGCAAACCUCAAUCAGUUCCACCACUUAUUUCUGUGGUGAAUGGUAUCACCGGAAAAUCAAAGAAUCUUGUGGUAAAAAAGGAUGAAUCAUUGUCACUUGAAGACGGAAUUUAUAAUCAUCCGGAUAUGGAAGGGGCUGGAGUCAAAGAGUUUCCUCCUGGUUGGCAACAACGCAUAGUUGCUGGAGAAGUUGAAAUCCAAUGCGAUGUUUGGAACGAAGAAACGGACGACUCGUACCACUCCUUCUCACUGGAAGAUCUAAAGACUGCGUCAACUAAGCAACUGUACGACUUGGUCCCCAUGUCUCCUGAUCCCAUUAAAAUUGUUUUGCAAUGUCAGGAGGCUGUUGAAGUUGAUGAGGAAUGGGAAGAUAUUUAAGAAUAUAUGGCAAAUCGGAUGAAGAGAAAGCAAUUUUUGACUCGACAAUCUCGAAAGAGAUGGUGUUAUGAGUGCCUGAGAGAAUAUGGCUCGAAAGUAAAAUGCAAUUGGUAUU